UUUGCCAUUUCUGUGUCAUCAUCUUCUUUCUACAGGUACGUGCUCUUUACAAGCUUCACGUUGACAACGGCCAUCACCGAUUGGAGUAGCGUACUUUUUUCAGUAAUAUACACAUCGUUUCCUACAAUUGUAGUAGGAAUUCUUGAUAAGGAUUUAAGUAGAACUUCUCUGAUGGAGCAUCCUCAACUUUAUGGAGCUGGACAAAGGCAAGAAAGUUACAACAGAAAACUGUUCUGGGUAACAAUGUUGGACACAUUGUGGCAAAGCAUAGCCUCCUUCUUUGUACCUCUCCUUGCUUACUGGGGAAGUGAUGUUGACGGUUCAAGCUUAGGAGAUCUUUGGACGCUUGCUGUUGUAAUAAUGGUUAACAUACAUUUAGCUAUGGACGUAAUCCGGUGGUAUUGGAUAACACAUGCAGCCAUCUGGGGAUCUAUAAUUGCUACUUUUAUUUGUGUCAUGAUUAUUGACGUGCUGCCCUUCCUGCCUGGUUACUGGGCCUUCUUUCAUAUUGCCAAGACAGCACUGUUCUGGUUGUGUUUGCUCUGUAUCAUGAUUGGAGCACUCCUUCCUCGUUUUCUCGUAAAAGUUUUCGUGCAUUACUAUAAACCGACAGACAUUCAGAUUGCAAGAGAAGCAGAGAAAUUCAACACUUCAAGGGCGUCGCAAGGUGCCCAAAUAGAGAUGAACGAAAUUUUUGAUCCUCCACGGAGAUGACUAAGUUAGCUCCAUUUUCCCUUCACGUCUUUACAUCUUUUUGUAAAAAAAUGUCCAUUUGUUUGGUUAAGAAAUCUAUACGUCUGGGGGCAUCCUCGUUUGUGUGUCGGGGCAUCCUCGUUUAUUACCUCCAAACGGAUGGUGGUAGUUAGAUUGCAUUCUUUCCACUGAGGCUGUAAUUGUACAUUAGUGAUGUUUGCAGCACAGAAAAGCACAUAUACUUCUUACAGGUUUACAUAAA